UCAGUAACUUUCCCGUCGGACACGUCAUCGACAGAACAAAGCACACAUCAGGCAUACAUAACUAUUACAUGGUUCUUGGGUUUAGAAACACCGAGAAAACAGCAACAUAUUUAAGGUUCUUUAAGACUAAGGCUUUCCUGAAUUCGUAUAUUGGCUAAUUUUCCUUCUUGACUUAGCUAGCUAUACAGAAGGAAGUUUGGCGCAUAAAAAUGAAAGGCAAACACGCCCAGGCAGGUCAGAGUGACGUACUAUAUAACCCACACGUUCCCGUCACUCACAUUCCUUCGCUUCUUCUAAGACAACACAGGUUUUGCAGACCAGACGCUUGUCUUUUUCGAAGUGUGCCUCCACAGUAACGGCGGUGUUUUCAGUGAAGUUGCCACUAAAUCCUCCACUAGCAGGCAUAGUUUGAUUUCACAAAGUGCAAAAAUGAGUUGGCUGUGGUGCGGCGUGCUGCUGGGCCUGUUGUGCUCGGUGCAAGGGAGGACCGAUGAUGAUGCACGAAUUGUUGCCAAGCGCACUACCAAGACAGCUGUUGUGCUCUCCACCUCCACCACCACCUCGCCCUUCACCUGCGCCUUCAGAACCAACACCCAGGUCUGCCAGAGGCGAAGUUUCCGCCGCUUUAACCCGAUUAACGACGAUAAGGUGGACAAUACUGAAAUGCAACUCGACGGUUCUCAAGACGACGCCACAUGGCAGUUGGACGAUGACAGCCAGCGGGAGUCACGCAUCGCCCUCACAAUCUGGACCACCAUUUCCUCGACCUAUACAAUCACCGCCACCUCCACCAACAGUGCCACCACCUUCUCCCUCUCCUAUUACUGCACCAUCAACGGCGCCUCAUACCCGCCCUCAUGUGGCUAGUUGCGCCGUAAUGCAGCCUGUCACCAGCUGUUUAGUCCUCUAGACACUAUCUUCAAUUAUCUGUGGUCGAUAAUGUAUGUAAAUAGCCUUUGAAAUAAAUGAUUAUUAUUAUUAUAAAUAUUAUCCAUCUUCGCUCCUAAGUAAUCGUAAUUUCAGGAUUUACGAAACAGCCAGUCAGGUGCGGCCGUGCUGACACGGAGAAAAAGAAUUUUAGUAUCAUCCGCACUCUACCGCACUUUCUUGGAAUAAUGACUGGAGUCAGUGAAGAAUUAUGUAAUUAUACAUUGUAUCCUAAAGGAAAGCUACCUAGACAACUACAGAAACUUUCUCUGCAUGUUCCUCUGGCUAUUUACUGUUUAUGUGAGCACCAUAAUCCGUGCAAAUCACUCAUAUCGCUGUUUUUUUCAUUUCUUUAUAUAUUUCACGAUCCUGAUAGUUUUUUUUCUGAUGUGCUAUGUUUGUUAUGGUUUUAAGUAAGCGUUCGAGGGUAAAAUAUGAUGAGUUGACCUUAUAUAACACGAUAUGUGCGAUUUGAAACAAGAAUUUUACAAUGUAUUAAGUGCAAAGACAACAGGCAGCCAGAUGCCUUCCGCAACGGGCGUAAACCACUCACAGUGGGGUAAAUGCUUGGGGCCGGAGGGAGAGGGGAGGGGCUGCUGCCAGCGUAUCUAUACCAUCCUGUGUCUUCACUUUCCGUCUCCUUCCAGAGGAUAGUUCAGUAUGCGCUCUAAGUAAAACUUAUCUUACAUUCCACACCAAACUACAUGCACAUGACACACACAACUUCCACCAAUUUUUUUUUUUCAAUAUUUCAACUAAAUCAUGUAAAAAAAAAAAAGGGAAGAGGACCGAAAAUAUCCACGGGUUGAAGACCAUUUCUAGUGACGAUCCAAAUAGGUGUCUUGUUAGCUCCUAGAAACUUUCUAUUCAUUAACCUGCAACAUUAGCUGUCUCAGCGCAAGUUUCCAUUUAGUGUACAUUAAUUCUCUUCCCCCAAUCAUCAUUUCUUCUUAACCGAACACAAGUUUCUGAGUCUACUGAGAGUAAUCCCUAUUCCGUUCUCUCCUACUUUCUCUGUCCUGAGUUUUAAUCCAAGGCUGGAAGCUAUGUCAAUGUACGCAAUGAUAUCACUUCCUCUCGUGCCCACAACCUUGAUUUUUCAGACUUUUCCACCAUCUAGCUAAGACUUAAUUGUCAUUCUGCCACUAAAUAUGCCAGUAAUGUUUAUCUCUCACCUAGUUCUAAUUAUUGUAAAAUUCUUUGACUAUCUCAGUUCCUUAGUGGAGCACAUCUUGAUUCGCUCUUCCUUUGCUGAUUUCAAAAUUCACCACUAGCUCAGGCUUUCUUCUUCCUUCACUGGCCAACUUAGUGAAAGAAACUAGAACUUUGCUCUCUUUAAUGAUCUAGAGCAGUUGGUUCAGCAUCCUACACGUACGUAUCCCUGACCGUCUUGGAGACAUGCCCAGCAUUCUAGAUCUAUUUUCAACCUCAAAUCCUUCACUUAUUGUUAAACUUCAUCCUGCGUUGAGCUCCUGGCAUCACGACCGAUUUCCGUAUUCUGACUUAUCGCCCUUGUAUAACCUUUAGACCAGGGGUUCUAAACCUGGGGUCCAUGGAUGGGUUUCAAGGGGUCCGUGAGGGUCAGAUUGAAAAAAUAGAAUGAAAUGGAUGGGUUUCAAGAAGUCCGGGAGGGGUCAAAUAAAUAAAAAAAUAUAUAAAAAAUAGUUUAGUCUUGUAUACCAGCGAAAAAGUCAUCAAUUUUGUCAGAGCUAGGGCUCUGAA